UUUGACGGGGUUUCCGAUCAAAAACUGAGCAUUCAUGGCGAAACCCGGCCGUGGACGUCCGGCGGCACCCUCGGGGUCUGGUUCUGGCUCAUCCUCCCGUUCUCGCUCCAUCUCUCGCUCCUCUCGCUCAAGCUCCCGUUCCAGAUCUCGCUCCAGAUCCUACUCUUCUUCUUCGUCUCCGUCUCGCAGUGUCAGCUCUCGCAGCCGUAGUCCCCCUCCCAAGAAAAGUUCUGUUGAUGGACCAAAACGAGGUCGCUCUCCACCACCUCAAUCUAAGAGGGCUUCGCCACCUCCAAGGAAAGCCUCUCCUGUACCUGAGUCGCUUGUUCUUCACAUUGGACAGCUCACAAGGAACGUGAAUGAAAACCAUCUGAAAGAAAUAUUUGGAAAUUUUGGUGAAGUAGUACAUGUGCGAUUGGCUAUGGAUCAUGUGGUUAACCUUCCAAAAGGAUCUGGAUAUGUUGAGUUCAAGGCACGAACUGAUGCUGAAAAGGCCCAAUUACAUAUGGAUGGUGCCCAGAUUGAUGGGAAGGUUGUGCAAGCCAAGUUUACUUUACCCGAGAGGAAGAAGGUUUCACCACCUCCCAAGCCUUUGGCCACUGGUUCAAGGAGAGAUGCAGCCAGAAACGAUAAUGUAGGUGUUGAUGCCGAAAAAGAUGGACCAAGGCGCCCACCACCUGCUUCUCCUCGACGUAGACCUCCCUCACCAUCACGCCGGAGGUCUCCUGUAGCCCGAAGAGGAUCUCCUAGGAGAGAUCUGAAUUCUCCUCCCCGUCGGCGAGUAGACUCCCCUCCUGCUCGACGAAGACCAGAAUCUCCUCCUUAUCGUCGGGGUGGUUCACCGCCUCCUAGAAGAAGGCCUGCUUCACCUCCUGCUAGAGGCCGCUCACCUUCUCCUCCAGGAAGACGUUAUAAUAGAUCACCCCUUAGGACCUCUCCUCGCCGGGUGCGUGCUAGUCCAAUUCGAAGGCGUUCACCCCCACCAAGGCGCCGUUCUUCUGGACGAGCAAGGAGUCCUCCACCCAGAAGAUCUCCUAUAAGUCGCAGGCGUAGCCGCUCGCCUAUCAGAAGGCCUGGUCGUUCACGUUCUAAAUCAAUCUCACCGAGAAGGGUACGACCACCUGUUGGGAGGCGUGGCAGAUCGUCAUCUUAUUCGGAUUCUCCAAGUCCACGAAAGGUGACGAGGAAGGUAUCAAGAAGUCGCAGUCCUAAAAGGGGUGUAAGACGAAGAAGCAGCAGCAGCAAUAGCAGCAGCAGCAGUUCACUUCCACCACCACCUCCACCACCUCCUCGUAGGCCAUAGAAAGAUGGAUGGUAUCUUAAUUAUGUGUUUGGUUGGAAAAACAAGUAUUUGGAUGUCUAAACUUAACUAAUGUGUAUACUUCAUCAUCAUCUACUGUUAUGUUACUACUAGUUUUUUUGGUCCA